AAUACAUAUUACAUAGUUUAAUAUACAUUUGUGUAUAAUAAUACUAAAAAUUAAUGUGCUAGAACCUAAAACACACAUAUUUGUAUCAUAAUAUAACCUAUGAUUUAACAAGUGUUUUUCAUUCUUUGUGUUAUGUUCAUUUAAAUAAACUAAGAGAUGUCUGCACCGACUGAUAAAUCUAAAGAAACUGUUCUCAUCAAUGAGAACAAUGUGCAAACAAGUAUAGUACACUCUGAAUACAGGUCAAUAUACGAUGGAACAUAUUGGCAUAAAAUAUAUGUCCAAAAUGCUCUUAACUGUAAAAGGAAUUUUGUGUUAAAGACAUUAAUGAAAACCGUGCAUCCAUUGGAUUUUAUCCCAGUUCACUAUACUAUCGAAGAUGAAAACGUUUGUUUUUUGCUUAAGAAUUGCGGUGCAGCCAUUAUGGAGCUUUGCAAAUUAAAUUUGAUUGUCCCGAAUCCUAAUCCGAAAGAGAUAAAACCAUUUAAAAUAUCCAUUUUGCUCAAAUUUGCACAUGCCGGUGACUUGAAAAUCGACAUUCAAGCAACUAUUACAAAAAUAUUGAACAAGCGUACACAUUUACCAUCAAAGACAUUGAAUCUUGACUCGUUUUCUCAGGAUCCUCAUUUGAUAGAAUUUUGUACACUUUCUCAACCAAAACUAAUGUACUUUGUGCUUCAUUUGAGCAAAGGUCUUCCAUUUGAAAACCUACGUUUAUCUAAGAAUGAAAUUGAACUAUUGAAACCGCUAGAAGCUCUAGCUACGACGGUGCCGAAAAAGAUAGUUUCCUUAGAUUUAAGAAGGAAUAACAUUAAAUCAUUUCAUGAACUGAUGAUUCUCAGGAAAUUUUCCAUUCAAGAAUUGUGGCUGGACGAGAAUCCAAUCUGCGAAAAUAUAUCAGAGUAUGAUUAUAUUGCUUCAGUGAGAGAGCAUUGUCCAAAACUAUUGAAAUUAGAUGGUUUCAAGUUUCCACCGCAAGGAAUGCCAUCGCUUCGACGGACUUUCCUUUGCAACAGGAAAGGACAAGCUUUGGUGGACCAAUUUCUAGAGCAUUACAUUACUCUUUACGAUUCGGAACAUAGGAAUGUCUUGGAAUCUGUGUAUCAUAACAGCGCACUAUUCUCAAUGACUGCAAUACAUUUACUGGGCCAUAGUACAUCAUCGAAUUUAAAUGUUUUCGAUUAUAAGAAGGUAUCCAGAAAUAUCCAGAGUAUUUCGGAUUACUCGAGAUCAGGCGAGUGCAUGUUCUCAGGACCACUCAAUAUUGUCAACGUUCUCAAACGUCUGCCGCGUUCAAAGCACGACCAAUUCUCAUUCACAGUGGACAUGACGUUCUACUCUUUAAGUAGUGUAGUGUUCACUGUAACUGGAAUGUUUCGUGAAUCCAGUGAGCAUUUGCUGGAAGAGGAAAAACUGUACGGAUUCACAAGGACCUUCGUUCUUAUCAAAGUGGGAACGAACGAGUACAGCAUAGUCAACGAGAUGUUGCACAUUUCGAACGCGACUUCUUCGCAACAUCAACGAGCGUUCAAGUUUUGCAAAGUGCCGAAACCAUUUUACGUUAAGUUACCACUUCCUCAGACCGACAAAGAAAAGGACGAAAUGGUUGAUGGCGUUUCACAGAUCACCAAUUUAAGGGUGGAAUGGGCUAGAAAAUUACUACAAGACUGCAAAUUCGAUUUUAAGGAGAGUCUAAAUCUAUUCAUAUAUUUGUUCAAAGGAGACAAGUUGCCCAGUCGUGCCUUCAUGCCCUUCGAAUCUUAUGAAGAAGAUGAAGUUCAAUUUAAUCAAGUAAACGAACUUAAAAUGCUGACGAAUAUUGUAAUACCUCAGAAAAAAAUCUUCAAGAAGACAGUACCUCCCCCGCCUCCAAAUAUAUCUUCAGAGAAAGCCCAAGAGCCAAAUAAACGUAUCGAUUCUAAUGUAAUUAUUGACGGAGAGAAUAGACCGAUCGCAUUCGUCGAUACAGGAAAAAUAAAACAAAUAGCGGAAACUGCCGGAGUAUCAUCGAAAAAGAUGGACCAAAUGGCGAAAGAAGAAACACUUGAACAAUCGAGCAGCUCAACUAACACUUCGAGUAACUCAGAUACAGUAUCUUCUGUUAAUGCGAAGAUCGGAACUCCAAUUUACAUGUCUGUUAGUAAUAUUCUUGCCGCUCUGCAUAAUUUGCCGGAUUCCGGUUCUGCAGUUUCUCUGAGGGAUCACCUGAACAAUGCGGCAGCUUCGUUGCUUGCUUUAAAAUCACCCAAUCCGCCAAUAGGAAUUACUCGUGACCUGAUUCACGCCUUCUACAAGAACAAUCUUCAUACGGAAGCGCGCGAGUAUAUGAAGCAUCAAAUGUCGAUGAUUUGCAACGACAAAAAAUCAGUUCAACUAUACAAAGUCUUCCUCGAAAGUGAAUUGAAGUUCGGAGACGUGCAGCACGCCGAAUCCGUGUUUAACGAAUUGAUUAAAGUGAAUCUUAACAAAGCCUGCCGAUGCGUUCCCGAUUUAAUUAACAAAUUAAACGUGCCGACGUUUACUAGGAGAAUGAUCAAUAAAUUGCUUACGAUGAAAUUAAACAAACUACAAAAGAAUAUUUUGUACAGCUUGAAAUUGCCGACAGUGGAACAGAUGCCGCAGCAAACAAAGUACACCGACGAUUAUCUAAUUUUUAGAAAAAAGUUGCUGGUGAAAGUUGGUCUUUUCCCGGAGAGCAGCCAUCCCAGUAUACCCAAUUUGGAUUUGAAGAAAUUGUCCAGCAUGCCCAUAGACGAUCUGAACAAACAGCUUUUCGCUGAAAACUUAUCCAAUUACGCUGUGCUCAAAGUUGUUCUGUUUUCGUUCAGUUUGCGUUUGAACCUGGAAGAAGUCAACAAGUUCCUGGAUGCGCACGUCAACGUCGACCAGAAUUUGCGUGAAGAUCUGAAGAUCCUGUACCGGUUAAGGUUGCUCGAGAGGCGGCUGUCUUUUGACGAGUGCGUCAAGGUUUUGCAGGAGACGGUGAUGAGCGGCAGGAAUUGCCUGAACAUAUUCGAGGAGUUGAACGAUUACCAGACAACUUUGAGAUAUUACAAGGCGAUAAUGGCUGUUCCACAACCGAACGAGAGGUUGUUCAUCAUCUCGCUACUUUCCAUGACGUUUGCGAAGAGGUUCGGAAUGAUAAAGCCAUUUACGUACGCUUCAGAAGUGGCGCACAAAUGCGGCACCAUCGAAAAUUUCUUUCAUCCAGACGAUGUUAUUAUGUGUCCGAAAACGAAGGAGUUUCGAGAUUGGUAUACGAGUCAAACGGUCGGCGAAUUAACGGAACAAGAUGUAAUGAACUUUCUAAAAACGGAUCCUAUGAUUGAGAGCAACAGUGAAGCAGUGAGAGCUUGCCUUUAUCACAAAUUGCCCAAUCUGGCAAAGAAGAUUAAGAAUUCGAUCAAAUUGAAACGAGAUCCUGAGAAAUUUCUUAACUACAAAAUAUGUUUGGCCAUCGCUAACGGAAAGUUUGGUUCUGUAAGCAGCUCUGCCAUCGAUAUUCUGAACGGACUUCAACCUAGGAACGUUUCAAUAGCUUUAGCAGAAAUUGACGUAUACAUUAAUAUGCCCACGAUCAAUCGCAAAAUAGUCAACUCGAAGAUCCACGAAUUGAUCACGACCUUUCCUUUGAACAUUACUCCUGCUUUCUUGGAAACCCUAUACAAGUAUCACAAUUCAUGGAAAGACCAUAUCAAUUUGCUUGAUUAACAAUGGUACAUGUUCAACUUUUAUAUAUAUUA